AUAUUUUUGUCCUCAAACACACUCCACUCCGUAGAUUCAAAGCAGUGCUGGAGGGCUGAGUCUCACUCCAGCGUUGUAUAGUCCGUGUCACCGGCCUGUCCCGUUUGUGUUCCUGCCUGUAAGCAGGCACCAGCAGCAGUGAGAUGUGGUCUGAUUUGCCGAAGAGAGGGCGAGGGAGAGCUUUAUAUCCAUGUCGAAAAGGGGGAUAAACAUGGUCCAGUCAGUGUAUUUCCGCCGCGCGUCGAGCAGCUGAUAUGCUGGUAGUACUUCGGCAGGACCUUCUUCAUGUUGUCAGUGUUAAAAUCCCCGGCCACAAUGAAAGCCGCUUCUGGCCGUGAAGUCUCUGUCCUGUCGAUUACAUUCAGACAUUCACCAGUGGGUGCUAUCGACGCGGUGGCUCGUUCCUCUGGCUCUAAGUUGGACAUGUUUAAGAAGGUGGCAGUAAAAGUAUUUAAGGAUGGGAUCACCUGGGAGAAAAUAGCUAUUCUCUUCUACAUCGCCGGCAAGCUGGCUGUGAAGAUGGUGGUGACUCAUCUCCCCGAGUCACUGAUGGAGAUCCAGAGAUGGACUGUGGAUUUUUUCAAAAACAAUCUACUGGUCUGGAUUCAGGAACAUGGAGGAUGGAUCAACAGCUUCUCUGAGCUGGCCCAGUCGUCCAUGCAGAGAGUGUCCACGAUGAGCACUCACACCUACGGCCUCGUCGGCAUCGGCAUCCUCAUCGCCGGCCUGGCUACAGGACGCAACAUCCCCUGGAGACUAAGCUGAAA